GCCCCGCCCACCAAACUUUUCCCGCCUUUAUUCCCCCUCGCCUCCCCGCCCUUCCGCGUAUACAGAUCAUCAUGCCCAAGGACCCCGACACCAAGACCAGGCGCAAGGCCGCGACCAAGUCUGAAAAGACGCCCCGCAAGGCCAAGAAGGACCCCAACGCCCCCAAGCGCGCCCUCUCCGCGUACAUGUUCUUCAGCCAGGACUGGCGGGAACGUGUCAAGGCUGAGAACCCCGACGCAAGCUUCGGUGAGCUGGGCAAGAUCCUCGGUGCCAAGUGGAAGGAGAUGGAUGAGGAUGAGAAGAAGCCCUACGUAGCGAAGGCCGCCAAAGACAAGGAGCGCGCUGAGGCGGACAAGGCGGCUUAUGAUGAGAAGAAGAGCGCGGAGGCCUCGGAGGCGGACGAGGACGACGAGUAGAGCACCGUCGUCCGAUGCACGGGUCUGUAGCGCGCGCCACCACGCUUAUAUCUGCGCCGCUGUCUUUGUACGUUGCAUACGUUCCUUGACCCUUCUCGUUCCUGUUUGCGCUCGCGCUCGACUUUCCCUGUUCGCGACCUGCCUGUAUUACCUUAGUCAUGCCUUUACAUUACUUGCUCUCCCCCUCCAUGUAUGUACACACCACAAACCCCUCGACGUUCCGUACAUACCCUCGCAUCGUACACUUGCUCGGCGUAUAUUAUUUGUAGUUAUCGAUAGACGCAGAAUACGAACGUCAGGAUACAUA